GCUUUAUCGAACCUGCGUAUAAGCCAACAGGGCAUCGGAAUGACAAAGGUUCUGGUUCACAAUUUAGGCCCUGAAAAAAUUGAGGCUUGCUCUUCCGCUAUGGCUCCUCCAAAGACUCCUGUCCUUGGAGUACCAUCGCUUGAAGCGCGGGAAAACUGGUGUCGGGAUAGGGUUUCAAAGUUUGGCAGCAUUGCGAAUAUACUGGAUCAUGGCUGGACUGAGUAA